AUGUGCAUUUCCAAUACUCUCCGCGAAACUCGGAAAAAAUUAGAGGAGGUUAUCCUGUCUUUAGACAACGCAGAAGCUCUUGACCGUUUCCUGUCUCGCUGCAAAUAUAACACCAAAUUAGCUUCUGAAGUUCUUUAUCUCAGCUUACGCUUUGGCGUAGGAGAGGUUACUUCUCACCAGCUUCGGCAGUGUCUGUACGCUUGCAGCACUGUGUCUACACUCGAAAUCAUUCUUCGUGGCGCGUCUUCUGGGACCAUCUCGCACCUUCUUCGAGACAUCAAAUUUCCAAGGCUUUCUUCAUUCAAAUGCGAUGGCUCUCACGAAGGAGUCAACGAUUUCCUCGGCCAGCAUCCAACCAUUCUUGACAUCUCAGUCGGACAGUGCAGUUCCGCUCCAGAAUGCACCUUAUGCACAGAAGCCUUUCCCAAUCUUAUAAGCGUGUCCGCACCGCUUCCCUGCGUAUCCGCCUUCGUGAACAACACCCCCAGCACCCCCCGUCGUCAGAUAUUGCAGGUUAAAGCUCACAUCACAAGGGACAAGUUGAGCUCUCCCACACGGAUUUUCAAGACAUUGGAACCUCCCGGCUGCAACAUCACUCGCCUCGAAAUAGAUUUCCAUGCGUCGGACACAAGAAUUCUUCACAAAAUCGCUUCAAUCAAGGGGCUUCGUGUGUUGAAACUGAGCGAGCAGCGUUCAGCUAAGAUGCAGUAUCAACAGGCAAACGAGAAUAUUGGCACUCCUCAGCCCUGGAGCAACACGUCAGCUUGGGCAAGGGAUCUUAGGGCGUUAACCUCGUUGGAACGUCUGCUUUUGCGGACGAGCUCUCCGCUAGUACCUGUCCCGGGUAACAAGGAUCAAGAGAAGGACCUGAUCAAGAGUUGGACGGCGGGUGAUGUUUCUUCUCUCGAGCAGGUUUUCUCGCUUUGGGAUAGACAGGGUAAGGGUGCCUGGACUGUUGGGCCGCGGAUGGAUCCAGUUUCGAGCGCCUUUAAAGUACUAGUGGAGUUAAUAUUUAUCAGUGAUCACGAGCAACGGAGUGCAGCUAUCCCACAGCAACCAACCGUCCACUACCUUUUCCUUCGUCCUCCACAACCUGUCAUGGAUGUCCAAGGUCAAGACCCUCUUCUAGAAAAUUUGCAGCCGGAUGAAAAUCACGCUGAUUCCGGGGUGACUCCCGCUCUAAAGCGACCCGCUGAACACCCUCCUGAAUCGCCCAACCCGCUGAAGUUCUGGCGAGCUGAGAUGCCUUCAGGUGUUCAACGACUUCCGGGUCAAAACACUAUUUGUUCGAACGGGGACCGUUUUAUUGAAGACGCCGAAAGCAGCAACAAAGGUCUGCUAAGCAGGGACAAGCAAUCAAUAUAUCGGGGGCCAGUGGCUCCGCUCCCCCAUCGGACGCCUGCUUUGUCUGCAUUAAUCCUUGAUCAAGGGAGCAGCUCCUCUGAGUCGUUGACGGUUCCAGUCUGGAGUACCUGGGAUACUACGUUCACGUCACCGGAAAGGGAGGUCGAUUCCAGACCGGACGGUUCUUCUCCAUCUCCUGGCGUACUCAAUCCCAGCAAUACCCUUGUCAGAGAUCGUGACACUGAAGCGUCCGAUCACACUGUCCAUGAGCUAUGCAUCCCCGAACCCCGCAGGGUUGUUAGCGGCGCAUCCAACAUCGUCCCUGUGCCGGUCGAGGCUGAUAUGUUUCACAAACUCCCCGGACUCCGCGAAGCUAGCACGCCCCACUUCGUCUCUAACCCUCACCAAGCUGACAACUCGUCAUAUCUCACCUCUGCAUCCGACGAGGCCGUUAUGCAGCGCUUCUUUCCUGCACCCCGCAAGUCCCACGCACCCAGCUUUGCUCCUGUACUUGGACCUCAACCUUCUCAUGGCGAAGAUCACGCAUUUCGCUUAAAAGGAGCGGAACGCGAUGAUUUGAUCAUUUGUGCUGGAAACUUAGCACAGAAAAAUGAGGCUCAGGCUCGCGCGGCCGGCUUUGGCCCUGCAUAUGGACCUCAAACUUCUUAUGGCGUAACAGAACGAGCUGAUAUGAACUCUAUUCAUGCUGGAAGCGUAGAGCAGAUAUGGGAGCAAGCGUAUCUUUACAAGGGCCAACCGAAUCAUCAGCCAUCUCAAAGUGACUUCGGCAGUGGCAAUUACCUCCAGCCCGACAUCACGCAUUCAUAUACUUCACAGGGUAAUUCUAGAAUGUCCGCAAACGCGAAUCAAAGUGGAGUUGCCUCAUAUGAGUCGAGACAAAUUGACGAGGAUAUAACUAUGGAUUCUGUGAUGGGUGCCAUUGACUUAUUCCCGAGAGUCGCAUAUCAACGGACGAUGAAUCCGGCUGAUCCUCGAGCUCGCCCUGCUGUAGAGCAUUUCAUGCCUCAGAGUUCACCGUCAAACACUAUGGCUCAUGGGUUCGACACUCAGCAUCAGCAUCAAAACCCAUUUGCUUCUGUAGCAGACAGUGGACGAGAGCAUGUAGCUCUACGUUCGAAAACGGAGUCUCAUUCCCGGGAUGGAGCCGCCGCCCCUAAUCUCACGAGAAAUGUUGGCGGGUCAACUUCGAAAAAUCCCUUCGUUCAAAGACGCGACGGUGAAGUCAGGGUUCAGCAAAGCAGAAAUACAAAAACUAUUCCUCCCCAUCCAGCCGACUUUGAUGAUCGCCUCUACCGCCAUCAAGACACGGUGGAUGGUGGACGCUCUGCUCGUGAACUCGGUCGACGUGACGGCGAAGCCAGAUUUCAGCAAAGCAAAAAUACAAAAACUAUUCCUCCCCAUCCAGCCGACUUUGAUGAUCGCCUCUACCGCCAUGACACAGUGGAUGGUGGACGCUCUGCUCGUGAACUCGGUCGACACGACGGUGAAGCCAGGUUUCAGCAUAGCAAAAAUACAAAGACUAUUCCUCCCCAUCCAGCCGACUUUGAUGAUCGCCUCUACCGUUAUCAAGACACGGUGGAUGGUGGACGCUCUGCUCGUGAACUCGGUCGACGCGACGGCGAAGCCAGGGUUCAGCAAAGCAAAAAUACAAAAACCAUUCCUCCCCAUCCAGCCGACUCUGACGAUCACCUCUACCGUCAUCAAGACACGGUGGACGGUGGACGCUCUACUUGUGAACUCGGUCGCUCCGCCUGCCUGCCUUCAUCCAAUAACGUUCAUAACGAGACCGGCUCCUCCGCUACUAUCCCUUCUUCCGACGCUGUUUUACACGAUGGGGACAUCAGCGCUCUCCUCUCCGAGCAUCGCUUGCUGCGGGGCUUCGAACACUACGCCAAAAGACUCAAUGCUGCUCAAGAAGACCUCCAAGCUCAGAUGAAGGGCUUGAGUUUAGAUAUCAAACAGCAUAACCAAGUUUUUGAUGCGCAUGCCAAGGCAGUGUCGUUGGCGCUAUCUAAGUCCAGUAAGAGGAGGAGAGCCAGCAGCCAAGCUAGUAGCCCCGCAAAGCGUGUUCGGAAGAACUUUGAGCUUCUAGUAGCACCGUCUAGUGACCAUAAAGACGAAGAAGAACAAGUUCAAGAACCAUUAAUCGAUGGUUUCGCAGUUGUCAAUGAUUUCAAGAACCAUGCCAGCUGGAUUCCUUUGAUGGAAGCUGUUCGUGAUGUGUUCAAGGCGCUUCUCAAAAUCUCGGAGUAUAAGCCAAAAGAGUUCGAAAAGCUGCCCGAGCCAUUAGAUGACGAAGAACUUGAAAUCUAUGCGUCUAUGCAGGCUGGAAAUAUGGUUUCGGUAGACAAGUUUCGAGUCGACUUUACGCGUCCUUGGAAGAAGGACGAUUUCAACGCGAGUGCUAGGGAGGUUUUUAUCGAUCACUUCAUAGAAAAAGUGAAGAGCGGCGCUAUCCUAGACCGGUAUGGCAUCAAAUCAAACUACGUUACGUGGAGAGUCGUUGGUGCCGCCAUUGACCAACAUGUCGUCCGUUACGUCCGUGGCCUCUAUAUCGAUUGGUACAAUGGAGCCGCCUCAGAGUCUGAGUAUGAGAGACGUAAACGAGCGGCGAAGGCCAAUAGGAAAAGCACGUUGCUAUGGAACCGUUUUACUAUCUGCCGGGAUCGCAAGGCGCUCAACCGCCAUGCGCCAUUUUUCGUCUCUCUGACUCGCGGGUGUAUGAGCGGGGACGAGACUGAGCCAGAGGAGGGACCUGAGAAAGCUCCGAAGCGUUACCUGAUCGUUAAACCGGUUUGGCGCAGUUUGGAGUUCACUAUCUUUCUCCAUGCCCUGGACCGCAAAUACAGAGAAGCUUGGCGUUCUCCUGGUGGUGGUAGACGCGCAACACCUGGCAAUCCUCCUCGUAUUCGCAAGGAAAGCAGUCUCUCUGACUUGGGCAUUGUUCCCAAGGGAUUAUAUCGCAACUGCUAUGAUGCGAAGUGGUUGAAGUCUAUCAAGUCGUGGCAGAGAGAGAACUUGAUGAUAAUCGACGAGGACUAUGAUUUUUUCAUCCAUGACAUAGAUGAUGAUCUGUAA